AUGGGUUCUAAUGAAGAAAAUAUGUUUAAUUGUUCGCUAGUUAGUAAAAACAAUUUAGAAUACAUUUUGGCAACAGGAAAGGACUUUAUAUGUGAAGAAUACGACAUCAAACAAAAAGACUCUGAAAAAUUCGAGGAUAGUGAAGAAUGUAGAAAUACUUAUGUAAAACAUUGGACUGAUGAAUUUCAUAACAAAAAGAUGUCGCCUGAAGCGCUUUUCGGUUAUUGCACGUACAGUUCGAUUGCUGCAACUGCAACAAGCAUCGGAAUUUUGGGAGCUUCGAAGCGGAACGACGUGGAAUUCCUUAUUUGCAUUGUAGUAAUGCUCUUCAAUUUGUUCAUCAUGAAUGGUGUCUUUUUAGGAGCUUUCACCUCUGUUCAAAUCGAUGGCUACAGGCGCAGAACGUUGUUUGGAACCAGGCUUAAUUUGAUUCUGCAACAAGUGGAUCAUAGAAAUGUUUCUAAAAAGUUGGCGAAGAAGAUCCGAACUUGGUAUUAUAAUUUUUGGAUGAAGGAAUCGGCAAUCCAUAAACUUGAAGCGUCGGAUCUUCUACCAGAAUCGAUGAUUAAUGAUAUAGAAUUGGAUAAAUAUUGGCAUACAUUAAAUCAGAGUUUAAUAUUGCGUCAUGUUAGUGAUGGUAUGAAGAGGGCAUUAGCACAGAAAAUGGAGACAUACUACUACAGUAAAGGAGACGUAAUUGUGUAUCAGGAUCAGCUGCAAAAUAAGAUCAUCUUCGUUGCAACUGGAGUCGUUCAAGUGGUCGCACCUGAUGAUAUCGAAAGCCCUAUCAUCAAUUUGGGUUACGGUUCGUGCAUCGGAGAGAGCUACAUGCUGUUGAACAUCCCCAAUGCUGCGCAUAUAUUAAUAGCCAAUUCCCAUGAGUUACAUGCAGUCAAACAAAAACAACUUCAAUUAUCGAGGAAACGCGUCGAUAAGACACUGAAACUAAUCAAGCAAGUUUUGAGGAGUUCUUUUGAAGAUAUUCAAACCGACAAGACUGAUCUCAAAACCACAGAUUUGUAUAUAAUCAAUAAAAUUGAAGGAUCAACGAAGCACAAGGAUAUGAUUUUCGUGACCACAAAUUGGCCUUGGAUUCUAUACCCGAAUAGUCAACUUUUGCAGAUUUGGAAUGGCCUGAUUUUCAUUAUCUCCGUUGCCGUAGCAAUAGUCUACCCUUACGUACUUUUUUACUUGAAAACUUCGCCACCUUUCUAUGAUGUUUUUUUAAGACCUGUAGCAAACAUUCUCUUCAUUGCUGAUGUUAUAGUCCAGAUUUUUACAGCAGUUGAAGAUGAUAAACAAAAUAUGAAUAGCACACUUUCAGGAAUUAUUUCGAAGAGGUUCACACAAUUGAAUUUUUUGAUCGAUGUAGCGAGUAUCAUUCCCAUAGAGAUAUUAUAUAAGGGUAUUCUGACAUAUGACCGUCGUAACAAUAUAUUCGAUUGCAAUCAUAUGCUGAAGAUAAUACGCAUUGUUUCAUUUUUUGUGAAUUUAACGAAAAGCUUCAAAUUUGGGACAAAUGUUACCAGGAUAUUCCUGUACGUUGUAUACUUAACUUAUUUGGGCUAUCUGCAAGGACUGUUCUAUUAUCUAGCUGGAUGCUCUUCCAGACAAAAGUAUGUUGAUGAAGUAUCGACUGUAAGGAAAUUCAUGAUUUCUAAUAAGAUGAAACGUCGAUUGUUGAACAGAUUGAAUCUGUAUAUGGAAAGUCAAUGGGAAAUCUCUGAAGGAAUCAAGGUCAAGCAUUUGAUGUUCGAUAUCCCCAAGUACUUCUAUGAAAAACUGAACAAGGACAGAUACUAUUAUAUGCUGGAAUCCAUACCAUUGUUUAAGUUGUUCUCAAGAGCAAUGAUUCGAAUGAUUUGUGGUAAAUGUGAGAUAGAAUUGUUUCCACCAAACGAAUACGUCACUUAUGCUGGAGAUACAACGCAAAAUAUGUACAUAAUUGAGAAGGGUUUUUGUGAGAUGCUUUUUAGCGGGAGUAAUAGGGCGGAUAAAAUCGUCGGACCGAUGACUGAUUUUUGUGUUAUUGAUAUGCUUUUAGAGGUUCCAGUUUUGUAUAAUAUUAGAACUUUAACCAACGUCAGUGUACUGAAGAUUUCUUUAGCUGAUAUCGACAAUGUAAUGUCGUACAAACCUGAGCUGAAAGGAAACGUGCACAAUUUGAUAGCAAUGACCAAGAAUACAAUUGCUGUUAAAAGGUUAUUCAUGAAGUCGGGUGAAACAUGGAACGUGCCGUACGUAAAACGGGUGCAACAAGGUUCCUUCUUCCGAUUCCCAAAUGGUAAAUUGCAUCCAUUGAAUCUAGAUUUCCAACGAGGUUGGAGACAAUUCACUCUUCUCAGAUACUUCAUGAGAAGGAAGACGAUUCUACCGAAUGGUCCAUUCCUUUAUAGAUACGCGAUUUUUCACGCCGUUAUCGUCUUCGCCAUGUGCACAAUAAAUCCGUGUCUUUUCGUUUACCAAUGCGCCAUGAAGAAAAUCUACGCAAUAUCCAUUUCGCUUUUCCUAGAUCUUCUUUUAUUAAUAGAUGUUUACAUACGUUUACAUGUAUGUUAUUACAAUGAAGACGGUGUUCUUGUAACGCAUCCCAAAUACACUGCAACCCAUUACAUAACCACCAGCUUCACCGUAGAUCUGCUAACGGCUCUACCGUUGAAACUAAUUUUCGAGAUUUUCUUGGGCAGAACGGACGCUUCCUACAUAAAUCUAAUUAAAGUACUUCGUGUCUAUAGAAUUCCGAACGCCUUCUCCUACUGUGAAAAAGACAUCUUGAAAAACAAGGAUAUUUGGCUGAGUAUAGUAAAAUAUCUGAUAUUAACUACCAUAAUCUUCAAUACACUUACUGCAAUUUUGAUCUUACUCGGAUGCAAGUACACUCCUUUGGAUGAAGUCAUCGAUAUACUCAUGCCUUACAACAGUUCUUGGGUUUUCACUAUAGAUACCGAUUCUGAACUAAGCAUCAAAGCAAACAGGAAUUCGAAUGCAAUGAAAAUUUACUACUUGGCAUUAUAUUACAUAACUCAGGCCUCUCUGAAGUUAGGAAUCGGAGAUAUAGCUGUGGUACAAAACAUCGAAGUCAUUUAUACAAUGUUGGUUGUAAUUUUUGGAUAUGUAUGGUUUACUUAUAUUCUGGUGACUAUUUCCAACACAAAAGCAGCUUUGAACUUGAAUCUAACUAUUUACCAAAACCAUAUGAAGGAUUUGAUCAUUUUCAUGAAGGAACAACGCGUACCUAAAUUGGUUCAAAAUAAGAACAUUCGAUUCUUUGAAUACAUGUGGCAGAGGACGCAAGGCACGAACACUAUGGACAUUUUCGACAACUUCCAUACGACUCUGAAAGGAGACUGCGUUCUAAGCAUGUACCAAGACACUCUGGCUUUGGUAUCUAUAUUUCAAAAUGCAGAUGCCAGCUUCUUCCGAGCCUUAUCAAUGCUCAUCAAAGAAGCUUACUAUUUGCAAGAUAUGGACAUCUGUUGUAUAAAUAACAUAGUCGACUCUGUAUACAUAGUUCAUCGAGGUGUCAUCAAGGUUACAAGACCUGACGGUCAUAUCGAGACAAAUCUAAGGCGUGGAGCAUUCAAGUUGACAAAAAGCGAAAUAUUCUACAUGUCUCGUACGAUGGAACUGAUCUCGAUGCUGGGUUCAUACUUCUCUUACCUAAUUAUUAUCUACCACGCUUCGUUUCAGCAUCAUAAGCCUUGGGUGAUUGCGCUCACCUUCUUCUUUGACUUUAUGCAAAUCGUAAAGAUUUACAUAACGUUCAAGACACCCUACAUCAGCAGAUUGGGAGAAAUCGUGAAGAACAAGAAGCGCAUCAAAAAUAAAUAUUUGAAGGAAUCAGCUUUAUACUUUGAUCUCUUCAGUUUGAUUCCAUUUGAGUUCUUCUCGUUCGCUUUCCCAACCGGAAACAUCUGGUUGUACGUUGCUUUGUUCAGAUUGAAUCGUGUUGUUCGUUUGAUCAGUAUUAAACGUUACUUUGGUCUAACUUAUGACUAUCUGAAUGUAAACGUUUUAGCCAUUAAACUAUUCUCGCUGUUCGUAUUCUGCACUACUUUCACGCAUACAAAAGGCCAGUUGUUGAGAAGCAACCUAACUGUGGAGAUCCCUACAUAUGCUCCCUAUACUACACUACUUCCAUACUAA